AUGGAGCGGGAUCGCAGGAGGUAUGAUUCGAUGACCGCCGCGGAGGGGAGAGUUACCGCCCAGCUGAGCGCUCCGGCCGGUCGCCCACUCGAGGCUAUGACAGUCGCCGACGCUCCCCACCACGCAACCGUUCUCGCCCGCGCGCCGACACUUGGGUCCCCUCCAAUCGCUCCUACGGCCGUCCUCGAAGUCGAUCUCCUGACUUCCGGCGCCGGUCCAGGACGCCUCCUUUCCAGGGCCGAGGUUUUGGGCCAGGCUCAUACGGCCGGCGACGGUCUCCCCCCGACGGUUCUCACCAAGAAGAGACGAUCGAAAUCGAUCACCUCCCCGAAUGUGGCGAUCAAGAUCACCUCUGAACACAGGAUUGAGGCCUCGAGCUUUGUCCCGAAGUUGUAA